UGCGUAACGUCCUGACGUAAUACGCAGUCCUAUUGGAGUCUCUGCACGGUCACGCACUCGAGGAAUGUGGUGUUCGAUCAAGAUUCCAAAGACCACGUUGUACGUUGGAGGAAAACGCUGGUGUGGAUUGUUUUCAAAUGGUAAACCUAAUCUCUCGAACCGAGAGGAAAGAUGUCUGGAAGCAUGUCUGAUUCCGUGUCCGUUUUCCAAACCCAAGUUGCUUCUGUUUUGGAGGUCUUGCUUAACGUUGCAGUGGUGGAAAUAACCAAACUUUUCGAGAGCGGCUGUGUUGCGUCUGAGGGCAGUGGUGUUUCGGGUGCGAGGACAACCCCCAAGACGCCACUGUCUGUGCAGGACGAACUAAGAACAAGAGCUGAAUCUGUGCUGGGAAAUUUAAGAAAACAUAUACACAGCGCUGGAAUACGAGUCAGAGACGCUUCUGAUGGGGAGCAGGCCUUCCCUUCAGCCGAGGGCGGGGCUGUGUUUUGGGAGGAGGGUGGGGAACACACGAACACCUCCCGAACUGCGGUCGUGAAGGUAGAAGGACCGCCGUCCAUUGCCGUGGAAUGCCAGCUGGCUGGCGCGCAGCAGUGGGAGUCGUCCCCCUCAGCGGUGCCCCCCGCAGGCCGGAGUGAUAAUACGGGCGGCGUUGUCACGGCAACGGGCUCGGCGGAGUCUGGAGCCCAGGGAGCUGUGGAGGAAGAGAAUUCUUUCCCGAAACAGAAGUGCUCUGAAGAAGACCCUCGCCCGCAGCCCACACCUGAGGGGUCAGAACAGGACGCACGGGUCACACCUGUGAAAGAAGAACCUGUGACACUGCCCAUACCUGUAAAAGAGGGUGGGUUUACUGAACUCACACCUGUAAAAGAGGGCGUAGUUACUGAAUUCACACCUGUAAAAAAUGAGGGCGGAGUUACUGAAUUCACACCUGUUGAAGAGGGUGGGGUUAUAGAACCCACACCUGUAAAAGAGGGCGGAGUUACUGAAUUCACACCUGUUGAAGAGGGUGGGGUUAUAGAACCCACACCUGUAAAAGAGGGCGGAGUUACUGAAUCCACACCUGUAAAAGAGGGAGGGGUUAUAGAACCCACACCUGUAAAAGAGGGCGGAGUUACUGAAUCCACACCUGUAAAAGAGGGCGGGGUUACUGAACUCACACCUGUAAAAGAGGGAGGGGUUAUAGAACCCACACCUGCAAAAGAGGGCGGAGUUACUGAAUUCACACCUGUUGAAGAGGGUGGGGUUAUAGAACCCACACCUGUAAAAGAGGGCGGAGUUACUGAAUCCACACCUGUAAAAGAGGGAGGGGUUAUAGAACCCACACCUGUAAAAGAGGGCGGAGUUACUGAAUCCACACCUGUAAAAGAGGGUGGGGUUACUGAACUCACACCUGUAAAAGAGGGAGGGGUUAUAGAACCCACACCUGCAAAAGAGGGCGGAGUUACUGAAUUCAAACCUGUUGAAGAGGGUGGGGUUACAGAAUUCACACCUGUUGAAGAGGGAGGGGUUAUAGAACCCACACCUGCAAAAGAGGGUAGAGUUACUGAAUCCACACCUGUAAAAGAGGGAGGGGUGACAGAAGUCUCACCUGUAAAAGGGGGUGGGGUUACAGAGCCCACACCUGCAGAAAGGGGCGGGGUAGCGCAGCCCUCUCCUGUGAAGGGCCGGAGGAAACGCAAGGCGGGGCCGGGCCCCGUGCCGCGGGGCUCCCGGCCCUGUAAGGCCCCGCGCGACCCGGGCCCCGCGCUGGCCCCUCCCCCUCGGGGCGCGGCCGUGGAGCGGGCGGGCGCGUGCGGGGGAGAGCGGACGCUGAGGCCCUGCUCCGUGCGCCUGGUGAACGUCCUGCUGAUCUUCGGCGGCGGGGGGCGGGGCCAGGCGGGCCGGGGCAGGAAGGGCGCGUCGCCCCUGCCCAAGGACCUGCGGCCGCACCAGCGCCUGCACACGGGCAAGCGGCCCUGCUGCUUCACCGCCUGCGGCAACGGCGUGUGGCGGCUGCAGUCCCGCGCCCACGCCUGCCAGCUCUGCGGCAAGAAGUUCAAGCGGCGCAAGGUGCUGAAGCGGCACCAGCGCUUCCACACGGGCGAGCGGCCCUACAGCUGCCCGCACUGCCGCAAGGCCUUCGCCCUGCGCAAGAACCUGCGGCGGCACGAGCGCUUCCACACCGGCGAGCGGCCGCACCGCUGCGCCAGCUGCGGCAAGGGCUUCCGGCUCCGCGCCAACCUCAAGAGCCACCUGCGCUUCCACACGGGCGAGCGGCCCUAUGGCUGCCCGCUCUGCGCCAGGCGCUUCCGAGUGCUCCGAAACCUGCGGAGGCACCAGGCCGCGCACGAGGGCGGCGCGGGGCCGCCGGCGGCAAUGGCAAUGGCGGUGGCAGUGGCGGCGGCAGCGGAGGCGGAGGCAGCGGCGGCGCCGAGGGCGGACCGACGGGCGGAGACACCGUAGAGAGUGAGAGAGAGAGAGAGAGAGAGAGAGAGAGAGAGAGAGACUUCCUCCUCCUCCUCCUCUCUCUCCCAGUGUUGGGCGGGCGAACACUCCCGCUCUCUCAUGAGAGCACUACCUCUGAGCUGAAACCACUAAUCCUGUCCGGAGUGGGGUCGUCCUGCCCUGCCUGGUCUUUUUAAAGAGGCGGUUUGACUGGUUUGACUGGAGCCCACGGCGGGCCGUGUACAGAAGGAGAAAACCUUGUUCAUCCGAAACUGCUGAAAGCUCCCGCUGUCGUCCGACGACCACGUGCGUUUCAUUGUGAAUUUUAACGGUCUGUGGAGGCGGCAAAGCAAGGGGUGCGCAACUCCGGUCCUGGAGGGUUUUUGGUCUACGCGCGGGUUUUCGUUACAGCCACGUUCCUUAGUUUCGCUUUUCUGACCGCUCUGUAAACCGCGCUGCUUCGCUCCUGUGCGUGAGCACGGGGAAAUGUUUCGGGUACACGUUGGAGUCGGUGCUCAUACGGAUGUCAGGUCAAUGUGUGAUUGCGCUAAUGUUUAAAAAGCAGAAGUUGGAACUGCCCUUGCUGUGCCACCCAUGUGUUAAAGCCCGUUUGACGUUUUACGCACCCACAUUCAGCUAAUCCAGAUUCAUGCAGAGUCAGGAACGGUGGAAAAACUACUGGUCUCAGUGGCAGCUAAUAAACAAAACAAACAAACAAACAAAAAAAGUGAAAUGGAGACUUUCUUCAGGAGUGACCGCUCCCAAACUCACCAGACUGACCGUGAUUUGCAGCUAUCUGCUCUGAUGUUACUCUGCAUUUGCAAACCCCGCCUCCUUCGUGCCUUGAUUGGUUGAACCUAGAGACUAAUCUUUUUCAAUAGCAUUAUGGUAAAAUGAGCGGGACUUCAUUUGAGGAUAGGUUGGGGUGGGGAGGGGGAGGGGGAGGUGGGGGUCUGCAGAGAUUAAACCCUUUGCUCACACUAAGCCCACAGUUCAGUAUUAAAUAUUUACGAUCAACUGUCGACUUCAAAUGUUUACUGUCAAAACUGGCAAAUUAAGUGCUUGUCAUCUAUCUUUUUUUUUUACAAGUGUUUUAAUACAGAUCUGUAGACGUGUAAGGUUUUUUAAAGGUGUGUAUCCUUUUUAGUUACUACUGUAGAUACUCUUUCAGUUAUCUAACUCUGCGCACACGUUUUCUUCCUUCCUUUUCUUCCCACUUGUGCUACUGUUUCAUUAAUAAAUACCCUGUGUUCUCACGCUUGUUA